AUGGCGCCUAAUAGCCGUAUUGACCCCACAGUUAAACCUUCGCCGUUCGCGGCUCAUCGUCCCCCAACAUUCAAGACCCUGACACCGACCUCGCGCACCCAGCUGAAGCAGCAGUUGAUGCGAGAGCAUGCACAGGAGCAACUACGCAGGGAGUCUCUACAGACACAGCAGGGACAGUCGAAGGAGAAUGGGGAGGACAAGAAGAAAUCGAUUCCGACGGACGUGCCCCGUAUUACGCCGAAUGUUGAGCUUCCGCCUCAGGUGUUGCAGGUGCGAACGGUUCUGGAGAACCCCACCAGGUAUCACGUGAUCCAGAAGCAGAAGAGCCAAGUGCGCCAGUACCUCAGCGAGUCGUUCCAACCGCAAACACAGGAACACUCGUUUACAAGUAAAAAACUGCAGGUUGCAGCGAACACUAGGCCCGGUGCCGUCCAGUCGGCGCCGGAGAUCUGCGCUUCGCCGGAACGCACCUCCACCUCUAGUCUACUCAGUCCUGGACUGUGCGCAUCCACCGCGCACACCUCGGAGACGGAUGAGUUCCUGGAGGACAUCCUAUCCCUGGACAGCGGCGCUGCCCGUUCGUCUUCAGGGCCUCCUUCCGCCGCCAGCUCAGUCGCCGGCGACUGUUCCCUCCUCACUGACGCCGACAUGCACGCCCUUGCAAAGGACCGCCAGAAAAAGGACAACCACAACAUGAUCGAGAGGCGUCGCAGGUUCAACAUAAACGACAGGAUCAAGGAAUUGGGUACUCUACUCCCGAAGACCAACGACCCGUUCUACGAGGUGAUCAGGGACGUGAGGCCAAACAAGGGGACGAUACUGAAGAGCAGCGUUGACUACAUAAAGUGCCUGAGGGACGAGGUGAACAGGCUUAAACAGAGCGAACAGAGAAGGAAGCAGAUAGAACUCCACAACAGGAAGCUGAUGCUCAGGAUACAGGAGUUGGAGAGGUUGGCGCGAGUCCACGGCCUGCCCCUCAAUGGCGAGAGCUGGCCCAACGAAGAGACCCCAGAGCCAGCUCCUCACACACCAACGGCUACUUCCGCACCGGAGGUGGUCCUCCCCAAGCGCGAGCCCGCUCCGCCCAUGGAGCUGGGCGAGGCGGGCGCGCCAGAGGAGGCGGCGGAUGCGGAAGCGGAAACGGAAGCGGGCGCCCUGCUCGGAGAUCUGCCCCCACCCGACUGCUUACCGCCUCUCGACGCGCUGGACGGCCUCAAACUGGGCUCCUGCUCGCCCCUAGGGCGCGAGGGCCUUUCGGAAGGCCUAUCGGAGGGCCUGCCCGAAGGCCUAUCGGACAGUCUGCCCGAGGGCCUGGCGGACAGUCUGCCCGAAGGCCUCUCGGAGGGCCUGUCCGAAGGCCUGGAAGAGGGCCUAUCACUCGGCUGCCUCGCGCCGGGCCUCUGCCUCGACCCGCCGCCCGACAUUUUCGACCACAAGGACGUCAAGAUGCGGCUGUCGCCACCCCCACCCCUGCUGGCCCACAUCGAGGACCUCAUGGACGACGACUCGCACAACCCUGUGACGUCAGGUGACCCGAUGCUGUGUUCGUCUCCCACCUCGCUGGGCCUCUGCGAGUCGGCGCUGAUGUCUGACGCCCACAACUUCGCGCACCAUCACGGGUCUGCCCUGCUCGGCGAGGGUCUGGGGCUGGGCACCUCGCUGUCCCUGGGCGACAGCUGCCUCCCGGGCCUGCUGUUGGGCCACCACCACCACCACCACGCGCCCCACUCGCCGCGCUCCCACUCGCGCCCGUCCUGCUUCGACAUGGACCUGGGCGCC